AUGACAUUGAGUUCCAAAGAAGAUACUAAGCGUUUUAUGGUUGACAGCCUACAAGGUAAGGGCUAUUUUGUGUAGAAAUAUUCUGUUUAUGGAUAAGGGAACGGAGUUUUGAUUUUUUGGAUUUUGUAGUUUAAAAUGAUGCAAUUGAGAUUGUUUGGUCAAUAAGUAUAUAGAAUUUUGUUGUUUAGUUUGAAAAUUUUCAUUAUUGGCGAUAAAAUUUCAUGAACUUGUUGAGAAGUUUAGAAAAAUUUGAUUUUUUCCUGAAAAACAGCAAGAUCCUGUGUUUUAAGCCCUUUGUAUUUAAAUUUUGUGUUGAAACCUCUCUAUUUGACUCACAUAUUUGGUAUAUUAACAUUAUGUGUUGCACUUACCGUGGUAUUUGCAGGAAGGUUGUCUCGUAAACGAAAGAAACUGAAGGAAGUUGCCGAGUGCUCAUACCUUGGCAAUCACGCCGGGCUUCGAGCAAAUAACGUAUGCAAUUUGGCGUCAGAAUCUCCGUCGCCAUUUUCGGAAUUUCAGUCCACGACUCAAUUUCCGGUCGUCCUCGAUCGGUUAGUAAUUGUAAGUAAUUUGCAUAAGUUUUUGUUGUUUUAGAAGUCUACGCUUUAUACCUUUUGUCGAUUUAAAAAUUUGUGUUGAUCUUUUUCCUAGUCUUUUUAAAAAUUUUGAUUUUUCGAUUAAAAAUACGUAAAAUUGGUUCAUUUUGUGGCUGUUCUGUUCUCGAACGGUUGUGUUCUGUUCUCCGAACCUUUGGACUUCUUGUUUCAUGAAUAUAGGCUUUUACCUGCGUGUUAUCAACAUUCUGGAGACUUUCGUUUCAGUUUCUUCCUUAA